AUGCUCAGGCAAUCAAUGCUAAAGUUUUUAGCUUCUCCAAUGAAAAUAUUUUUUAUCUCAAUUUCUAAGUGAUGAUAUUUGCAUCAUCAUACCUUAGCUUGAAGAAAAACAGCAUUGAGGAAUUCUGAUAGUGAAGAAAUUAAAACGUCUUAUGUAAAUAUUACUGAAUUUGAUGCUUUCUAUUGGCCAUUUAGUAGCUAUUAUAGUUAG